AUGAAACAUCUGGUAAUUUUUUAUCUAGACAGUUUGGUCAGCUAGUUGGGCAUUCGAGUGCACUAAAUCUUGUUUUUUAGUUGCUGACGCAUUGAUUGGGGGAUAAAAACCACGUCCAAUAUAAAACUAAACCAGUCAGUUCAGUUUUAACCAAGAAACGGCUUUGAGCAAAGACAUCUCCCUAUCCCCCUCAACACCUGAAAACCUGAACCGAAACUUAAACUUGCAGAUGGAACAAGUCGAGUCAAAAUCGGAAGAAUGUGGCUACUUGUCCAUAACCAUUGCCGCAAUCUUCAUCGCAGUUUCGUCGGCAGUUUUGACGCUGAUGAUUGCCAGCUACAUGUAUCAUGGAGUUUAUGACCCAAUAGAACUGCCAGCAGAGGUAUUAUUCAUCGUCUCUCUUAAUUACAACUAAAUUCUGCAGAUAAUGACUUCAAAAGUGAACAGACUGGUCGUUACUCACAAAAAAGUGGUUCUUUUCAAGGUGGAAACGAAGAACCGUUGUUAUAUUUUGCGUUCUAUCCACUCACGGGUAAGAAUCUUUAGCCAUUACGUCUUUUUUUGAACACACGCAAUAUUUCAGGAUUUCGUGAGCUCCAAGUUCAGUUUCACCAACACCCCGCUUUCCCGAGAGGAACUUUCAGAAGUUGCGGGACCCGAGGGUGUGGACUUUUGCUCAACAACCCCUGCAUUUGUACUUGACAAGAAUUAA